AUGAGCUCCAGUGAGGAAGACGAUUUGGUUGAAGAGGUGGAUGAAGAGGGAGAAGAAGAUGAAGAAGAAGUGGAAGAAAAUGAAGAGGAAGGGGAGGAAAAGGAGGUAGAGAAGAAAGAGGUGGAGGGGGAAGAAAGUGACACGGAAAGUUGUAAGCCAGUGAAGAAGAAAAAGGAGAAAGAGAAGAAGCCCACACCAGGGGUGGUGUAUUUGUCAAGAAUUCCUCCGUUCAUGAGACCACGUAAGGUCCGCCACCUCCUCUCGAGGUACGGGGAGGUGGGGAGAGUGUACCUGGCCCCCGAGGCACCCCAGACCCAGCGCAGGCGACGCAGGCUCAAGAAGAACAAACGACGGAAAUACACCGAAGGGUGGGUGGAGUUUCUGGACAAACGGGUUGCCAAGGCAACGGCACAGGCCAUAAACAACACACAGAUUGGAGGGAAGAAACGGUACUAUUACCAUGACGACAUCUGGAACAUGAAAUACCUUCCAAAAUUCCGAUGGUACCACCUCACAGAGAAAAUUGCCUACGAGCAGGCAGUGGAGGAACAGAAACACAGACUGGAGAUGUCCCAGGUGAGGAGAGAGAUGGAGAAGGUGAUGGAGAACUUUGAGAAGAAGCAGGAGGUGUCGGCCAUCAUCGACCGCAAGAGAAAGAGAGGAGACGAGCUUCUGCAGAUGUGGGGUCGUAAAGACAAGCAGAAGCGAGGGGAGAGACGGAAAGGGGGCGGAGCCAGCAAAGGAGGCGCAGGCCUGCCGUUUAUGGGACUGGGUGUCCCUCCAGGUGCAGAAGAGUCUGAGGAGGCGCUAGAGGCAGAGUUGCUGGCCCUACACGGGAAAUCCCCUGUUGCUGGGAAGGGGAAGAAGGGUUCGGGGAAGGGUUCGAAGGUGAUGUCGUUGAAUGAGAUUGAUUCCAUGGUGGCAGGUCUUGACAAUGUGGGAGAGAGUGAGGAAGAUGAUGAUGAAGAAGGCAGUGAGGCAGAAGAUGACAGCGACCUGCUCGCUGAGCUGCAGGAGAUCGCUAAUGAGGACGAGGAAGAAGCCCCACCCACUGCUCCGCCCACUGCCACACCCACAAAACCAGCUACUAUCACUAAGAUGCCAGUCCAGAGUUCACAACUAACAGCAGUAUCAGAGAGAAUGGCGAUGUACGAGAAAGCUAUUGCGGAGGCUAAGGGCAAAGGUGACAGUUCAAAGGCCAGACGCUACACAAGAGCUCUGGACACCAUCAAGACCCUGCAGAGAAAGGCUCAGAGUGGGAAAGAUGUUAGUAUCGACGAUCUACCACCACCAGUGCCACUGUCAGGGGGUGGGGGUGAGGGGCCAAAGACUGCUACCACAGUACCACAGCCUACCACUGAGAUAACAGACGAUGAUCUGAUGGCGUGGGCCAAUAGUUCGUCUGACCCUUCACCUCCGGCACCUGCACCGAAACCACGCCCAGUUGCACAAAACACACCCCCUCAACCAAAACCACGCCCACCCAAGGAGACCCCACCCCCUCAACAAAGGCCACACCCAAAAGCCCCGCCCACUAGUAGUGACGGUCGUAUCGAUCUGGACGCUCCGGAAUUUGAUGAGUUCAAUUUAUCAGAUGAAGACAUGGCAAUGUUGGCAGCACAGAUGGACAGCCAUAAGGAUUCAGUGGUGAAGACUGAGCAUCAACCUCCUCCACCUCAGCCGAAACCAAGACAACAGGCCACACCCCCUCAGGCCAAACCACGCCCAAAAGCUCCGCCCACUAGCAGCGACGGUCGUAUUAAUCUAGACGCUCCGGAAUUUGAUGAGUUCAAUUUAUCAGAUGAAGACAUGGCAAUGUUGGCAGCACAGAUGGGGAAUGACAGUGCAAAGGUAACCAGCAGAAGGUUCCAUGAAUAAUGGGGCAUCAAAAGUCUCCUUUAUUCAGAGACAGUCCCUUGGUCUGAAAUAAGUGUCCUUCAAAUAUUCUUCCCCUCUCUCCAGAAACAGAAACUGGACUCACCGGCCAAACCCCCAACUCUCCCCGCACCAUCUCAGAGUUUGCCAGUCCCCCUGAUCCCCGGGGGGCCCCCCACGAAGGAGAACGUUCGUGCAGUUCUGGGGGAACGUCGGGACCAGUACACUGCUGCCAUGAAGCAAGCCAAGACCAGAAACAACACUGGGAAGGCGAGAGAAUAUGGGAAAAUGGCUGCCAUGUUUUCAAAGGUCCUGAAGGCAUUUGAUCAGGGGCAGCAAGUUGACCUGUCUAAUGUUCCUGCACCACCUCCCGGGUACACCGCACGGUUAACCUUCGACCUCUCGAGGUACAAGCCCCCGAAUACACAGCAGAGUCAGGUUGUCACGGAAACGCCCCAAGGUUCAGUAGUCACGGCGACGUCGCAGGAAAGGGAGGAAGGGGAGCAAUCAGAUCCAAGUAUCCCAGUCCCGCGGACGGUGAUGGAGGCUCUGGAGCAGAGACUGGCCAAGUACGUGGACACCCAGAGAGUGGCGCAGGAGAAAGACGAGACCUCACGAGUUAGGAGAAUGGGGCGCAUUGUUAAACAGUACCAAGAAGCCAUACGGAUGACAAAAGCCAAGAGGCCAUACAACUACUCCGAGUUGCCGGACCCCCCGGGAUAUCCCCCGAUUCCGGUACCCCGUUCCCCCAUACAAGCUCCGCAGACGUCUCUCCCUCCCUCCCUCCCCAAACCAACGCAGUCGCUCCCUCCCACUGGGUCAAAGUUCAUGCCAAACCCGACAGUGUCACAUGACCAGAUGGAAUUGCUGACUCAGCGACAGAAAGAGUUGCUGAGUGCGACCAAAGAAGCAAAGGUCAAAGGUGAUCGCGAGAAGACACUUCAUUUUCUUCGCUUGUACAAGGGGGUGGAGCAGAUGGUGGUUGCCGCUGGCAACGGACUCCGAGUUGACCUCUCUCAACUUCCUCCAUCUCCGUAUGCUGAUCUCAGCCAAACCAAGCCGUCUCCGACCGUUCUCUCUCACCUUCGACCUGCACAGGAAGGAGACAACGAGACGUUCGAACGCAUCAAGAAACAGCUGCAAGUACAGAUCGACCUUUGCACCUCAAACACUAAGCUGUACGAGGAGAUAAAGAACGUUGGCACGGCGACGCAGUACCAGAACAUGGGUAGAGAACUACAGCAGCAGUUACUGGCGAUUGAAGGAAUCCAAUCGCAAGGCCUGGCCCCGCCCAAAUUCACCAUGGAAACGAGGAAAUUCACCAUCGUCCACAGCCACACCCACUUGAGUGCUCAGCAGUGCGAGGUGGAGGUUGUCAAGGCGACGGCGAUCCCCAGACCAGAGGGGUACGAGGACAAGGACCUCAACGUGUACGUAGAGAUAGAGUUUCCAUGGCCAAGUGACGACCCUCCAAAGAUAUGCACUGAGUGUGUUAGGGGAAACGCCAGUCCAGAGUUCAACCAUAAGGAAAGGUUUGAGAUAGAGAGGAGACAUGUGCGGAGUAUAACCAGGAUUCUAAAAAGGUCACCUCUCAAAUGUGGUCUCUGGCAGAAGAGAACUCUGCGGAAACACAUCUUCAUCGGUCAGGGUGUGCUGCAGUUGGAGAAGCUGGAGACAAGGAGUGAGGUGAGAGGAACCAUCGACCUCCUCGAUGAGAAGGCUCGGAAACCAGUCGGGGGGAAGAUGGAGCUGGUUGCUAGGCUACGAGAACCUCUCUCUGAAGUCAGAAGACCAAACUUCAAGGAAGAAGCCGAAACCACGAGUCGUGUUCUUGCAGGCAGAGACGCGGAGGAGAAAGAGGAACAAUGGCUGGUGUUUCAGGAGGCCAUAGCAGUGACAUCAUCAGUCAAGAUGCCCCGCCCCACUCCCUCGGGCCCCGCCCCUUCAGUAAAUCUCGCUUCCCUGUCUCCAGUCAAGAUUGACGCCACCACAAGCAUUGAGGCUCUCAAGAUAGAGCUGAAUUUGGUGCAGAAUGCGAUAAAGAGAGGCCAUAAAGACCCGGCCACUGUCCAGAAGGGAAGACAGAUCCAGGCGAGGCUGCAGGUAAUUCGCCAGAGACUGCAGAGUGACCCUCAGUUCAGAGCCAUGUACAGCAGACAGAUCUUGCAGUUAAGGCGGCAAGCAAUGCAGCAGGAACUAAAGACUCUACCUGGCAAGAAAUGACUUGCCAUAUCUAUAGAGCCAUAUCUAUACUAACUGCAACGAUAUGUAUUAUUGUGUUGAUUUCUUGUCCGUCUUGAGUGUUUUUUGGUUGCAUAUGACAAUGUACAUUUGCUGAAUCAGCAAUUUAGCACAACAAACGAUACAACAGGAGUGCAUGUAUAAUUGGGUAGCCGUAGCAACACAAAUACAAACACAAACACAGAGUCACACGUUGAAAGAUACAUACAUUGAGAGUGACAAACAUGUUGCUAGGUAACGAGUCACAUUGGUCAUGUGACACAAUACGCAGGAGAUACACAAUAAAAUUACAGCAAUGACGAACGACAGGCGGUCGUGAAGAUUCACAUGCAAAAUUGAGUGACUUACAAAAGAGAGAAAUAAUAUUCACAAAUUGCUAUAACGAGGAGUUAGCUCAGUGUGUGUAAGAGGGAGGGGACAGACGAACGGACGAAUAGAGACAGACUGUCACACAGACGGACAGAGGGCCCCUGGGGAUCGAGGGGACAGGAAAACAAGACAAGUUACAAAUGUCUUACAAGUUACAAAACAAGGAAACAUUAUCUACAUCACCCCUUACAGAUAACAUACACACAUUACAUCAUCUUCUGUACAAAACAUGGAGCCGACACCCAACAUACAAGAUAACAUUCUCAAUUGGACAAUUAAGGAUUACAUCAUCAUCAUCAUUUCAUCAGCCCUCUGAAUCAAAACUGCCUCAAAACCACAAAAUCGGGGGGCAAAUGGUAGAUAUGCUACCUCCGAAGUGCUGGAGAAGCAGUGAGCAGCUCACCUGCUAGUAUGGCUUGCUAGCGUCCUUGGGCCUCUUGAGCUGAACUUUCAACCUCUUUGUCCCGAUUUGGAACCCAUUCAUGGCCUGAAUGGCACUCUGAGCCGAGAGCGGAUUGUCGUAGCUCACGAACCCGAAGCACUUGCUAAGAUUUGUAUGUUUGUCGAUGAACACCUUGGAGCUGAUGACGCUGCCAAACGGCUGGAACAUCUGGACCAGGUCCAUGUCCUGCACAUCGUUCGGGAGGUGGUAGAUGAACAGAUUGCAGCCUUCCGGACCUUCACGUUGCUUUUGGUGGACUGUUGCGUCCCGUUGUUUCUGGUAGAGGUAAUUAUGGGCGGCACCGACAGGGAAGCCGGGCGUGGUCGACUGAGGGGAGGAGAGGGUGGGAGUGGUGUAACCUGCGAGGGAGGAGGCGGAGGCUAGGUACGGCACCAACGGAACAGGGGUGCCUGCUGCCAAGGCAACUGUUGCCAUGGUUUUGACAGUACACAGCAUCGGGAGACGGGAAGACACAGCACAAGAACACAUCGGGCAACGGGACGAACACAUCGGGCAAUGGGACGCACAAACAGAGCCAUCAGAAGACGAGACAGCAUAUCACAGCACACACAGUACGUAGAGGCAUCGGGGUAUGGGACGAACAAACAGGACGGCCAAUUCACGAUGGGGCGAGACAAAGAGAGACAU